AUGAGAGAAGAAACGGUGUUGAGUUUAAAGUGGCAUAGCUUCCCGUCGCAUUUAGCAGUUUCCCUCGAUACGUGUUACGAGAAGCAACAGUUUGUAGAUCUUUCUUUAGUAUGUAAAGAUGGAACGAUUUUAAAAUGUCACAAAAUGGUAUUGGCCAACUCGAGCUCGUUCUUCCGUCGAUUGCUCGUUGCCAAUGACCAUCCUCACCCUAUGAUUAUUCUUCACGAUAUCGAGGCGGACGACCUAAAGACUAUCGUCAAUUUCAUGUACUGCGGUGAGAUACAAGUGAUUCAAAGUGAGGUUAGAAGGUUGUUAAAAUUGGCCGAAAUUUUGGAAGUGACCGGAUUGAGGCAUAUACAGACUUCUGUUUUGGUAGGAGAAUCGAACAACACGUCUCACGAUGCAUCGAAAAAAUCGACCACCGUGUCUCGCUUAAAAAUCGAAGAAACAAAAAACUUACCUACCAAAACUGUACCUGAACAUGAUCCUACUAGUAGAUCACAAAAUAAAACAACCAGUCAAACGCCCAGAUUUACUCCAUCUUUUUAUCCUCACAAAACUGCAAAUAAAGUUCCACCAGAAGCUAGUAAGAAAAAUGAGGAGGGUAAUGUUAAUUUAUUAAGUCAACGGUUGGAUACAGGGAGAUCAGGAAUCAGUAUUGUAGAUAUUAAUGAUAUGCCAAGCACCAGUAGAGGAAUUUCCAAUCCACAAAUACAGAAAAGAAAAGAACCUUCUGAGCCUAUUAUCAGUUGGCCUCGUGUGUUAUCUGCUAUAUCCAAGGAUAACUCCUUGCCUUUGAAAAAAUUAUGUAUUAUGGAUGAAGUGGAAAUUACAGCUGGAAAGCCACCUAUGGCUAAUCAGGAAUCCCAGAGAGAUGAACCCCUAGACAGGAGGAAACAGAGGACUAAUUCAGAAGACAAUGAAUCUAUGAACUGUGCAGUUUAUAUAAAAGACGAAGUGGACAUAUUUGAAAUGGAAGAAGAUGCAGAUAUGGAUCCUCUGGAAGUUGAAGAGAUUGAAAAUGAAAGUUCGGAGAUUCUUGCAGGAUCUUCCCAAAUGUUUUCUGUUACAAAUGUGGAUCAAACGUAUUACAACGCAGGAACACUUUCGGAAUUUCCUUCCAGAAAGGGAUCUAAUGGUUAA